AUGAGGGAUAGACUGGACGAGCUCAGCGGUUACAAUGACGACAGGGAUGAGACCUUCCUGGACCUGGAGCUCCAGAUCCCCGGCUAUGCCAACGCAGCCUAUCGGGAGGACCUCCCUGCCGGUCUGGAGGAGUUCUUUGAUGAGGUGUCCCGGCUCUCGAAAAAACUGGACAAGCUCCAGGACCUCUCGGAGGACAUCCACAGCAAGCAGGAUAAGGUCCUGUGCAGCACCUCCAGCGAAGAGGUUUUUAGUGAGAAGCAGAUCCUGGCUCGGCUGAAGGAGGAGUUCUCCCUGCUGGCGAAGGGUGUCCAGGAGAGCCUGGCCAACAUGAAGGAGCAGCAGCAGGAGGCGGCGGUGGCGGCGGGAGGCCCGGCGGGAUGUGGCCUGGAGAGCCGCAUGCGGCACUGCCAGUUCAACGCCCUGCUGCGGCGCCACACGCAGGUGGUGGGGCGGCACUACUCCUGGGAGACGGAGUACGCGGUGCGCCUGCGGGAGCAGAUCGCGCGGCAGAUGCAGCUGGCCGGGCUGCAGCUGGGCGAGGAGGAGAUCCAGAGGCUGGCGGAGAGCCCCCGCGCGCCGCAGAUCGUGGGGUCCGACAUUCAGGCCCUGGAGGCCCGCCGGCACCUGGCCCUCGCCCAGGAGAGGCACCGGCAGCUGCUGGCUCUGGAGGAGCAGGUGGGGGAGCUCCACGGCCUUUUCCUGUCCCUGGGGGUCCUGGUGUCCGAGCAGCAAGCGCAGGUGGACCGCAUCGAGUACCACGUCCUGCGCACGGUGGACUUCGUGGACGCGUCUUCUCAGGAGGUGAAGAAGGCUCUGCAGUACAAGCGGAGGUCCCGGCUGGCCGUCGCCGCCGGGGCCGUCCUGGGGCUGUGUGCCGGCUGCGGGUGCCUCUGCUGCGCGUCCCGAGCUUUGCCGUGA